CGCCACUUUUCUCGCCCUCACAACAAACAGCUUCACGCUAUAACAAAAAAGACGCACUUUAUUUCUACUUUUCUGGACUUUUACAUCGUAUUUUUACAGUGGAGUUUAUAAACGUCUAUUUUUUUGUUGUUGCUUUUGUUUGAUUAUUUUUUAAACUUUCGCUCUGAACGCAUCAUUUUAAAAAAAAAUCUAUCUUGAGGAUUAUUUUAAUUUUAUGCAUCAAGCGUGCUGUCCUGGUGUUGCAGAAUGACCCCAACUAUGGUGCCCAACGUCGCUCUUUCACCACGGAGGAUGAAGCCUGGAAAUCAUUCCUGGAAAACCCACUUACAGCUGCCACCAAGGCCAUGAUGAGCAUCAACGGGGACGAAGACAGUGCCGCCGCUCUGGGCCUGCUCUACGACUACUACAAGGUGCCCAGGGAAAAAAGAACAAUAGCCCAGAACAAGCCUGAUGCUUUGGUCUCUGAUGUGGAUCCCAACAAAAGACACCAGCUUCAGACGGGACAUCCCAUGCCCUCCCUCUCAGAGACAGGCAUGGAGAACAGGAUUCAGGUCCUCAAGGGGCCUUUCAAUAUUCUCCAGCUAGCCCCGGACAAGAGGACCCAGUUCCCAUCACCAGACACGACCGUCACAGUGUCCAUCGCCGCCCUACAGAAUUACCCGUCCGUCAAGACGGAGGUGCCUCUACACGGUUUGACCGUGCCAAGCAGUUGCGCUGAAACUGACAACCAUGUGGGUGUCUUCGACCGCCCUCAGCUCUCCCACAAUUCGGUCCAGUUCAGCCCCGCCACGCAAUCCCGCACGCCCCCGGACUCCACCUUUUCGGAGAGUUUCAAGGACAGUUCCCAGGAGGUCUUCUCAUUCCCAGGCGAUCUGCAGUUACGCAUGUCUUCCAUGACGUCUGACGACUACACUCAGUUUGAGGCGGUGCCGGGGAAUAAUUUUGAGUACACACUGGAAGCAUCCAAAUCGCUGCGUCAGAAGACAGGCGACGGGACCAUGACGUAUCUAAACAAGGGACAGUUUUACCCCAUCAUCUUGCGAGAGAUUGACAACAAAGGCCUGCAGCAACCCAUCACCAAAGUCAGGAGUGUAGUGAUGGUCGUGUUUGGAGAGGAGAAGUGCAGAGAUGAUCAGUUAAAGCAUUGGAAGUACUGGCACUCCAGACAGCACACUGCCAAACAAAGGUGUCUUGACAUUGCCGACUACAAGGAGAGCUUCAACACCAUCAGCAACAUUGAAGAGAUUUCCUACAACGCCAUUUCCUUCACUUGGGACACAAACGAGGAGGCCAAAAUCUUCAUCUCGGUCAACUGUCUCAGCACAGACUUCUCCUCUCAGAAGGGCGUGAAGGGUUUGCCUCUCAACUUGCAGAUUGACACGUACUCCUACAACAACCGCAGCAACAAGCCCAUCCACCGAGCUUACUGCCAGAUUAAGGUGUUCUGCGACAAGGGAGCCGAGAGGAAGAUCCGCGACGAAGAGAGGAAGCAGUCCCGCCGAAAAGGCAAGGUGGUCGACAUCAACCCUGGCCUCUCCUUCGUCGAUGUCAAAGGGCCGCUUCUGCAGAAACGCAACGACGUGACCAUCUUCAAGAUGAUGACGGACAUUGAGACCCAGCCUGUCCUCUUCAUACCUGACAUGCACUUCUCCACCUUCCAACGUCAUCCUUUCGCAGCAGAAGAUGGAGAAGAAAGCUCCGGCAUGAAGAGGUUACCCUUCAGCGAUGACGAGUUUGGGUCGCCGGCCAGCAAGAUGACCCGAGCGGAUGAACCCAAGAAAGUGCUGCUGUACGUACGUAAGGAGACUGAGGAGGUUUUUGACGCUUUAAUGCUGAAGAAUCCCUCACUGAAAGGCCUGGUGGACGCUAUUUCAGAGAAGUACGACUUGCCGCUGGACAAAAUUGGAAAAGUAUACAAGAAGUGCAAGAAAGGGAUCCUGGUGCACAUGGAUGACAACAUCAUCAAGCACUACUCCAAUGAAGACACAUUCCAAAUCUCCAUGGAGGAGCUGGGUGGCAUAUACAAGCUCACCCUCAGUGAAAUCUGAUUGGACGACAUGAAACGACAAGGAGAAUGUGGAGGAUAAAUGGUUUACACUAUCCAGUGAUGACGGACUCUUGUAUGAUGUUGUGAUGUUACAUAAAAAAAUUGUAUUUAAAAAGAAAGCAAAAAAAAAAAAAAAAAAAAGCCAUAUAGCUCUUAAGGUGCCACAUUGUUGAUAAUAAGUAUGUGUUGUUUUCUUCCUGAUGAUACUUAUCUUCAAUGGGUUUGAUGUGCAAAGCUCCUGUGUGCUUCUGCUGCUAUACCUCAUUGUUUGCAGCAGCAGUUAUGAGUAGAAACAUCUCUUUUAAUCAUAGCACUGACCAUCUGUUAUGAAGAGCUAGUAGAGCUCACGAUAUGAGCAGAACAGGGACGAGGAAGCCCCUAAAUGUUAAAACGACAUGGCAGUAUUUAGCAUGUAAAAUGACCAAUUAGAGUAGCGAUAUGUAAAUGGUUUGAAUUUGUUGCUUGUAAGUGAGAUGGACUCAAAUGUGAAAGCAAUUUCAAUAUUGGCCUCUUUAGUAUUAAAUAGGCUAACUUGUAUCUUCCCUGUAGAUGAAAAAAGUGAUUGGAGGUGCAAUAUGGAUUUUAGGUCAUGAAAAAAAAGUUGCCAUAAACCAUGAAAUACGUUGAAUUAAUGAAUGAAAUAUUUUGUAUAUAGUAGCCUUUGCUAAACAUGCUAAAAAGGUUGUAUGUCCCCUUUGUAUGGCACUACUCAUUGUGUAUAUAUUUAUUAAGACAAUGGUUGUGGGAUUUUUGUUGCAUUAUACAAUUAUAAUUAGAUGUCUUUACUCCUUUUAAUAUGUUUUUUGUAGGGAUUUAUUAAUGUGUCAAGUGACAAGAGUGCACAAAGUGCCUAAUAAAAUCAUGUCUGCUGUCUUCCCCUAUUGAAA